UCACACAACGACAAUAGAUUGACACACUAGUCCUCACAAUAUUAUUAUUAUUAGUAGCUUUAAAUUAUUUUUACCUAUUUGUAAUGGACUUUAUACACGAAUCAGUGGCGCUGGGCGUCGAUCUACUCAUCCUGGGGCUCUGUGUGCGCGAAUAUGUGCACUACAAGAACACCGCCAGAGUGCUUAAGGAAGCUCCACAAUACACCAUUGAUAAGGAACUUAAAUCCAUAGUGGGACGACAGCAGGACAAAAAGAUACCCUAUGCCGUCAUACGCGGCACAGUCACGCCCAUCGGCGUCCCACUGCGCAGCGCCUACGUGCCCAGUGUGAGCGGCGUGCUGCAAAUCGUGAAGCUCCACGAGCAUCGUGUGAUGCGCGCCUUUGCCGGAUUCUGGGCAGAGCAGCGCAAACUGCUGCAUGAGAGCGUCAACGAGAUGCCGUUCGAGUUGCGACAACACGAUCAUGGCGUGGAGAUCGUUGACGCCGUGAGCGCGGCUGUGCUGGAUGUGGAUGUGGUGUAUGACAACUACGAGUCCACGUCGCUGUCGUUCUUCGAUCACAUCUUCGGCUUCUUCACGGGCGUGCGCCAGAAAGGUCUGCAGACCACGGAACAGGUGCUGCGCGACGGCAGCUUUCUCACAGCCAUUGGUGAGAUUGAGAUGGAUGGCUCCACGUUACGCAUGCAGCCCUCGAAGCAGGGACCUCUCUUCCUGACCACUGCCACCAAAUCGACGCUGAUCAAGCGCUUUGAGGAUGCCAAAUCCUCAAUGCUCUUCAAAAUUGUGCUGUGCAGCAGCAUUUCCAUGGUGCUCGUGGGGCUGAUAGUGCGAAAGGUGUAUCGCAAAAAGAAACAGGAACGUGAAGAGGCCAAGAUACGCAGACGCCUCGAGACAGAGCGACGCGAACGUCGCGCUCGCAGCAGACCGCACACACUGUCGCAGGAUCAGCUCUGCGUCGUCUGCUCCACAAAUCCCAAAGAGAUUAUUUUGCUGCCCUGCGGACACGUUUGCCUCUGCGAGGAUUGCGCACAGAAAAUCGACGUUACCUGCCCCGUGUGUCGCGGCCACAUUGAAUCCAAGGCGGCGGCAUUUAUCGCUUAAGCUACGUAGCAACCCCAAUUCCACGUGUACCUGUUGUCAGUGUUUGCCAAAAUGUUUGUCUAAUCUCAAUUAGCGUUUAUUACUGAGCAAUUUUCGUGGAUUCAUAAAAUUCGUUUUGACGUGUUCGACUUCGUCUCCGUCUCUUAA